GAUGUUCCCCAACCAAGGCAACCAGCUAACGCCGAUGAUCUUCCCCAAUGGCCAGCAAGAGCAGUUCGGGCCUCCGCAGGACCCCAACGCUGCUAAUGUCCCCCAGCAGGCCCAAAACCCUGCUCAGAUGUUUCCACAUUUCCAGUUCCCGUACGGAUAUCCCCAGUUUCCCAGUCAGCAGGGCUUCAACUACUUUGUGCCUCCUUAUGGGUAUCCUCAGCAGAGGAACACUGCAGUGCUGCAGCCCAACAACGGCCAGCAAACCCUGGAGAGAACCACACAGAGACCACAGCUCCCUCUGCAGCAUGCUUCACAGCCUAAGGUGCAAACAGAAAAAACGUGGCCACAGGGGUCACACAAAGAGUCAACUACAAUCCCUCCUGAUCCUCGUGGAGACGCAUCCGGCCCAGGGAUCGAUGAGGGCACCUCUAACUUCCCCUUCCUGUUCGAGCCUUAGACCUCACCUGGGAAAUAACGACGGCGUGAUCAGGCAAAAAUUAAUUUCAUUGUACUCGGCCACAGUCGCUCAUUCUCCUGCGAAAUGUGCUGGAGUGUGUGAUUCAUUUAAGUGCAAUUCAUUUGGACUCAAUUAUUUUUGUAUUACACCGAAACUAUCUCGCUCAUUUCAGGAAUCCGCACCACACUUUCCGAACACGACAAAUAAAAGAUGU